ACAGAGGAAAUGGCGUUUUGAGUCAAAACUUUUGACGUUUUCUGUCAUCUUCUGUUAUACAUUUUCAGGUUAGGAUUUUCGGAAUACUGAAAAUAAGUGAAAUAUUUUCGAUAUUUUUUGUAGAAUAUUGAGGAGUUUGAAAAUAAAAUAUUAGAAAAAUGUCGUCGACUCAUCGAGAAGCUAUUCAAAAACAAAUCCAACAAGACUGGGCGAAUCGAGAAUACAUCGAGGUUAUAACAGGCAGUAUUAAGAAGAUUACAGAUUUCCUCAAUUCUUUCGACAUGUCUUGUAGAUCAAGAUUGGCAGUUUUAAAUGAAAAGCUCACAACUCUCGAACGAAGGAUAGAAUAUUUGGAAGCACGAGUGACGAAAGGGGAAACUUUGACAUGAGUUCAGACAAAAUAGCUUUUACAUACAUUAUUUACUCAACUUUUUUCUAAUUUUUAAAAAUGUCUACAUAAAAUUGUAUAUAUGUUCGUUCAAAUUUUAAAGGGACUAAAUAAAAAUUGAUCAUUCAAUAUGUGAA